AUGACGGAUCUCACCUAUUCCUACAUCCACAUGACAGACUACGAGCUGCAAACACUGGACACGCUCGAGACCCCAGAAUACCUGAAAGACGAGCUGAUCACCGAUGACCUCAACAUUCCUGCACACAUGGUGCCUCCAGAUCCAGAUGAUUCAGACAUACUUCCUUCAAAAGCACACCCAUCGUAUCCGUACGGCAACCCGUUGAAUCCAAAGCACCCAGCGUCAAGGCCGCGACCGCCUUACGACCCGUUCUCGAGGGCCUUGUUUGAGGACAUGGGGUAUGCUGGGGCAGGGGUUAACGGCGCGCAUCGGUGGAAGGACUUGGCCAUGGAGAUGUUGUUGCCUGUGGACGAAGUGAGGGAGGAGAAAAAUCGGGCAAUUGAAGCGAGGAAAAUGGCGAGUGGCUCUGGUGCAGCACCGACAGGCGCGCAGCCGGCUGGCAUGGCAGCUAAUCAAGAGGAGGACGAAGAGGAUGAAGAACAAGAAGAUGAACAAGAAGAAGAAGAGGACGAUGAUGAUGAUGACAACGACGACGAGGACUCGGAGGAAGAACCUUAA